AUGUCCAUUGACCACAAUACUAGACAACAAAUCGACUCUCCGCAGUUGUCGGCUGCAUCGUUAAGCUCGUCAAGUACAGAUUCCGAAAAGAAGGAUUCCAAGUCACAAAAUGCUCUAGCAAACAAUGAUUAUAGCCAAAGCUAUUCCGGUGAUGGUGUAAAUGGCACGAAAGAAAGAGAGAAUAUCGAGCAGACUAGGAAAGCCGAAGCCAGUAAUGCGAUUCUGAACAAAUAUGCAAUUUAUCCCACGACAGUACCUCCGUUCGUAUUGGAUUGCCAAUUGGAUAAGGUCAAGAUAAAGGAUAAUGGUAUAGGCCCAAAUGAUAGUAUCGUGAAUACGAAUGUAAGACAAAGGCUAAGAGAUCCGUUUUUGGUUACAUGUGAUGACAAAUGGGGUAAGUUCGCAUCGAACAUUGGCUCUAACGUCGCUUACUGUCAACAGCAGCGCCAACAGAAUUUGAAUGAAGAUGUUAAUUCCACUGACUCAAGUAACAUUGAUAUUGAAAAACAAGACGGUUUGGCGAAUGAGAGUAAAAAUGAGAAGAUUAGGAGUGAAAUGUUUCCUGAUUUGAGUGGAGAUUGGGGCGGUGGUAACAGAUUGAACGAAUUGUUCAAUACACCAAUAGCAGGGAAUUUCGAAUUUAAAAAUCACGAAGACCGUGAAGCUUGGUUCGAUUACGUCUCUAAAGUUAAAAAAUUCUACUACUUGGAAAACAACGGCAAAAGGUUACCAGGUGAUACAGACACAGAUAGGAGCGGAACUCCUGGUCAAAGGCACCACCAUCCAGAUUGGUGGGAGGAAUUUAAUAGAGACAAGGCAAAAUUAAAACGACUAAAACAGAAAAAGAUUCAACAAUGGACACCCGGUUUCAACCAGUUAAUAAUGGACAAUCAAUAUUUUGUACUGGCACUUCGUAUCUGCAGUGGGAUACUUUCCAUUAUAGCUCUAGGACUGGCUGUUAGAAUAUUCGUUGAUUCGCGCGACAUUAUCCACAGAAGUAGUUCAGACGUUGGUCAACAACCAAGUGCAAUAAUGGCAAUUUGCGUCAAUUCCAUAGCGGUUGUUUAUAUCAUCUACAUUGCGCAUGAUGAAUUUUCGGGUAAACCGUUGGGUCUACGCAAUCCAUAUGGGAAACUGCGGCUAAUUCUUUUGGAUUUACUUUUCGUCAUAUUUUGUAGUGCAAACUUAGCAUUGGCAUUCAACACAUUAUUUGAUAAAAGUUGGGUAUGUACUGCUGAAGGCAGGUCCGACAGUACUUCCGACGGUCUACUAAAUAUCAAUGGAAUAUGUGAGAAGCAGAAAGCCCUUUCGGCCUUCUUGUUUAUGAUGCUAGUCAUGUGGGUAAUCACCUUCAGCAUUAGCAUUGUAAGAGUUAUUCAAAAAAUGACCACACCAUCACCAACUGACUGA